AUGGGUGCAGCUCCUUUCGGAGUCCACAACGGUGACAAACCGGGGUUUGCUGCCGAUACAAUCUCUGCACACGCUGCGUUUCCCCGUUAUCCCGAGCAGCUAUGGACUCGAGGCGACAGGUCCCUGCGCCAGGCUGCCAAGGAAAUCCCUCCCUUGUCUCUCGGAAUAAACCCCGAAGCCUUCCUCGCUCCUGCAGCAGAUGAAGAUAAUAUGGAGGAUGGUUGCUCUCAAAAGCUGGCUUCUGCCAAGUACCUUCGCUUACUACUACUAAUACUAAUUCCUUGCAUCUGUGCCCUUAUACUUUUGUUGGUGAUCCUUCUUACGUUUGUCGGUAUGUUGGGGAAAAAUUGCUUUUAUUCAAAUGAAAGUGACGUGUUUGAAACUGAUGGUGACAAUGAGAUUGCUGGAAUUCAUUGUCCAAACUUGUCUGAAACUGGUUCAAAUGAAAUUCCUUCAACAGACAACAAUGUGCAGCCACCAUCUUGGACCACAAACCCAUUUUUUCAUGUUGAUGAAAACUUUGGUGCACAUAAUGAAGGUGCACACACUCCAACCCUGAAAACUAGUCCUUCAGAUGGAACAGUUCUGACCAAAGCCCCUGGAGACAAAACGGGGUCCUCGUUCAAUAAAGAAGGAAAAGCUCUGUGGCCGACUGAGAUAUCCAUCAGGAUCAUAGACAAGGUGCCGACUGUGCCUGUUCUAAAGCCUACCCGUCCUCCUGCGCAAGGAACAGAUCUGAAAAAAAGUUCCUGCAUAAAUAUCACCUACAGCCAGUGCCAAAUGCUGCCAUAUAACCUCACUACUUUAACUCCAGUCCUUUCCAUUGUCAAAAGCAUUGAAAUGGAAAAAUUUCUCAAGUUCUUCGGUUAUCUCUACCGCCUCAGCUGCUAUCAACACAUCAUGCUGUUCGGCUGUAGCCUUGCUCUUCCUGAGUGCAUCAGUGAUGGUGACGACAGUUACGGAAUCCUGCCUUGUCGAUCAUUUUGCGAGGCUGCAAAGGAAGGAUGUGAACCAGUUCUUGGGAUGGUGAAUUCUUCGUGGCCAGAGUUCCUUGCAUGUUCACAGUUCCAAAACAAGACUGCAAGUGACAAUAGCACGAAGGUCUGCUUCUCACCACGAGAAAGAGGAAAGCACUCUCUUUGUGAUGGGGACGAGAGCUUCUUGUGCUCCAGCGGAAUUUGCAUCCCGGGGAUACUCCAGUGCAACGGCUACAACGAUUGCGAUGACUGGAGCGAUGAGACACACUGCAAUUGCAGUGAAAGAUUGUUCCGCUGCAACACAGGAAAAUGCCUAAAUUAUACAUUUGUUUGUGAUGGGUAUGAUGACUGUGGAGACCUAAGUGACGAGCAGAAUUGUGACUGCAAUCCAGUGACGCAACACCAGUGUGGUGAUGGGCGAUGCAUAACAAUGGAUUGGGUGUGUGACGGUGACCACGACUGCCCAGACAAAUCAGACGAGGUCAACUGUUCAUGUCAUAGUCAGGGACUUGCAGAAUGUAAAAAUGGGCAGUGUGUUCCCAGCGCAUUCCGAUGUGAUGGAGAGCAUGACUGUAAGGAUGGAAGUGAUGAAGAAAACUGCAAUGAAAGUCAGAUGCUAUGUCACCAAGGAGAUCAGAAAUGUACUUCUACAUCCUGUCCUGAUCCCUGUGGCAACUCUUCUCUCUGUAAUGUGAAUAACAGCCAUGUAAAUUGUAGUCAGUGUGAACCAAUCACGUUGGAACUGUGCAUGAACCUGCCUUACAAUUAUACUAAUUUCCCCAAUUACUUGGGCCAUCGAACACAGAAAGAAGCCUCUAUCAGUUGGGAGUCUUCUCUCUUCCCAGCUUUGGUUCAGACCAAUUGUUACAAAUACUUGAUGUUUUUCGCUUGUACCAUCUUGGUGCCAAAAUGCAAUCCUCAAACCAACCAACGAAUCCCGCCAUGCAGAGCACUUUGUGAACAGUCCAAAGAACGAUGUGAGUCUGUCCUUGGGAUUGUUGGCUUACAAUGGCCAGAAGAUACUGAUUGUACUCAGUUCCCAGAAGAAAAUUCAGGCAAUCAAACCUGUCUAACCCCUGAUGAGGAUGUAGAAGAGUGUUCACCCAGCCACUUCAAGUGUCGUUCGGGAAGGUGCGUCUUAUCCUCUCGAAGAUGUGAUGGGCAAGCAGACUGUGAAGACGAUAGUGACGAAGAGAACUGUGGUUGCAAAGAACGAGGCCUUUGGGAAUGUCCCUCGAGCAAACUGUGCAUCAAACAUACGAUGAUAUGUGAUGGCUUUCCAGACUGUCCUGAUAAGGUGGAUGAAAAAAAUUGUUCGUUUUGCAAAAAGGAUGAGCUUGCGUGUGCCAACCAUGACUGUGUGCUCCGUAAGGGGUGGUGUGAUGGGCAGAUCGACUGUGCAGACAAAUCAGAUGAAUGGAAUUGUGUGACCAUGUCUAAAAACAUGAGCACCUUGAUGUUUCUGACUGUUCACAGGUCAGCUACCAACUACCACGUAUGUGCUGAUGAAUGGGAAGACGAUUUAAGCCACUUGGCUUGCAGACAGAUGGGUUUAGGCGGGCCGCCUGUGACAGAAAUUGUACCAGAGUAUGAACAGCUACAGAAUAAGAAGUGGUUGAAUCUGCAGUCCGAAUGGGAACGCAAAAAUGCAUCGACGGUGCACUCCCUUUUAGUGACCGGGUUGCCAUGCAGAAGCAAAAGCAUGAUUUCCCUUCUGUGCACUAAAGAAGACUGUGGGCGUCGCCCCGCAGCACGGAUGAGCAAGAGGAUCCUUGGUGGCAGGACCAGUCGCCCAGGACGGUGGCCGUGGCAGUGCUCCCUGCAAAGCGAGCCGAGUGGGCACAUUUGUGGCUGUGUUCUCAUUGCCAAAAAAUGGGUAUUGACAGUGGCACACUGCUUUGAGGGGAGAGAAAACCCUGCUGUGUGGGAAGUGGUUUUUGGCAUCAACAACUUAGACCAUCCUUCAAUCUUCAUGCAGACCCGCAUGGUGAAGACAAUUAUUCUGCACCCCCGAUAUAACCGAGCUGUGGUGGACUAUGAUAUCAGCAUUGUGGAACUCAAUGAAGACAUCAACGAGACAAGCUAUGUCAGGCCAGUCUGCCUACCCAGCAGGGAGCAGUUAAUUGAGCCAGAUACCUAUUGCUAUAUCACUGGCUGGGGACAUAUGGGCAACAAAAUGCCUUUCAAACUUCAAGAAGGAGAAGUUCGUAUUAUUUCCUUAGAACAGUGUCAAUCGUACUUUGAUAUGAAGACCAUCACCACCAGGAUGUUAUGUGCAGGUUAUGAGUCUGGGACUGUGGACUCCUGCAUGGGCGACAGCGGAGGACCCUUGGUGUGCGAACAGCCUGCCGGACGCUGGACAUUGUUUGGCUUAACCUCUUGGGGCUCCGUCUGCUUUUCCAAAGUUUUGGGACCUGGAGUUUAUAGCAACGUGUCUCAUUUUAUUGAAUGGAUUGAAAGGCAAAUCUACAUCCACACAUUUCUGCUCCACUGAUUCAUCAAGAUGGAAAUACUGUGCAGAGCGAAAGGGG